UGAUUGCUCUUGCAAUUGAAGGGAACAAUCACAUCAUGCCGAUAGCCUUUGCCAUUGUGAAGUCGGAAACUGCCGCAUCCUGGAGGUAUUUCAUGAGGAUGUUGAAGAGGUAUGUUUUGGGUGAGCGAAAGGUGUGUAUCAUAUCUGAUCGCGGCUCCGGUAUUAUGAGUGCCAUGGAGGGGCCUGAGUGGGCGGGUGAUACCCACAAGUGGUGUAUUAGACACCUAGUGAGCAACUUCCACAACGCCUUCAAGAAAAAAUAUCUCAAAAAACUUGCUGAAAAAGCUGGACGCGCAUACCAAGAGCAUAAAAGAGAUCGGUACAUGUCAUUGAUAGAGGCGGAUUCACCUGAGGGUUAUGCAUAUCUUGACCGCCUUGAUGUUAGAAAAUGGAGCAUGAGUGGCGACACGUCUGGAAUGCGGCAUGGUGUGAUGACAACAAACUACGCUGAGUCGGUCAACGCGAUGUUAAAGAAUAUUCGGGGGCUCCCUAUCACAGCCAUGUUGGAAGCAAUAUUUAACAAGGUCAACUCCGUAUUCAUUAAGCAUGUGAACGACUACAAAAUGUGGUUGGCAUCCGGUUUCGUGUGGACUCCAGUCUGUGCACACAGAAUUGAGACUUGGGAAAAUAAGUCAAAGACUCAUACGGCUUCACAGUUCAACGUGGCACAUAAGGUAUUCAAUGUCUUGACCCAGUGCGACAAUGUAAGACAAAAGGGUGGCAAUACACAGCAAGUUCGUCUACUGGACGGGACAUGCACCUGUGGAAAAUUUCAACAGUGGAAAAUUCCGUGCUCCCAUGCGAUAGCUGCCUGCAACCAAUACGGAGAGAACUACCGUGACUACAUUUCAUGGUAUUACAAAUGCGAGGAUCUGACGAGGGAUUUCUGUCUCGCACUAGCUGUACGACUAGAAGGAGCGCUGUUUUGUCGUUCGCUAGGUUGGACCACCGUAUUCGGUCGAUGA